AAGUCUUCAACACAACAACAUUUCUGUUUCAGUUCCUUCACUUUGGCUGGUCCAGUCUUUCCUCGAGUGUCUUUCUCAUUUCUUCCAUUCUCGAAUUCCAAUCUCUGCAGGUUCUGUGAACCCUUUUUCAGCUGUAAAUUAUACCAUCAACUUUUUUCUUCAUCUCUUUGACUAGAGACAUUCAGCACUCCUUCAAAAUGAAGAGCUCUAUCCUCCUUUCCAUUGCGGCCAUCGCCGCCCAGGUCAUCGCCCUCCCCACUCUGGCAGAUCGAUCCGUGGCUCUUCCCAUCAGAGACCUCGACUUCCCGGCUCAAGCUGAUGUCAGGCCUGUUCUGCGCCGUGGCAAGGGCCAGCAAGCCGGUGACAACGCCGAUGUCCAGCAGGAAGGCGAGAACCAAGGCGAGAACGGCGUAGCCGAGAAGAAGGCCAAGAAGGACGCCGCUGCAGCCGGAGGAGCCGAUGCCGCAGCCGGCGGUGCCGCCAACAACGGAACUGCCAACGCCGGAGGCAAGAAGAAGGCCAAGAAGGGCAAGAAGAACGCGCAGGCCAAGGCCGCGGGCAAGAAGAACAAGGGCAAGAAGAACAACGACGGUGGCGCUGCCAACAACGGAACCGCCAACGCCGCCGACGGUGGAGCGGCUGGAGGAAAGAAGGCCAAGGCCGCCAAGAACAACGCUGCCGCGAAGAAGAACAACGCUGCCGCCGACAACGCAGCUGGCGGCGCGGCUGGUGGUGGUGCUGCCAACAACGGAACUGCGAACGCUGAUGGCAAGAAGAAGAACGGAAAGAAGGCCAAGGCUGCCGAGAACAACGCUGCUGGAGGUGACGCUGCGAAGAACAACCAGGCGGCUGACGGCAACAACAUCCUCUCUUCCAUCCUCGGGAGCAUUGGUGGAGGCGGUGCAGGUGGCAACGCUGCCAACGCCGGUGGUGCCAACAAGGCCCAGGCUGACCGGUCUUCUCGGACGUGAUGAGGAGUCAGCCGACCUGGCUGAGCGUGACGGCCACGAGCUUGUCCAGCGCGGCGAGGAGGAAGCCGAUCUGGAAUAAGCGGGAGUGGACGCUCGACUGUUGAGCGGCUCCAGAUGCCGAGGCCCCAGGGCAACAAGCCGAGUCGGAGCCUGGGACGGUUCCGGGCGGUCCCAGCGAUCACCGGAGCGGUUUUGACGGGCUCGACCGGUGGCAAGUAUGAAGCAAAGGCAGCUACGCUGGUAGAGCUGUUUCCGAGUGUGUUUGUCUCGAGGACGGAAAAGAAAUGAAUUUUUUUGUUUGGUUGGUGCGCACAUCUCGCUAGCCUGAUCUCACUUGAGAUUUCAGUAGGCAGCUGUUUCUGUCAUCGCCGAUGGGCUUCCUGAGGCAUACACGGGAAUCUUCACUCAAUGAACAAGAGGUCCUUGGGAUUUGUACAACUCUUUGUAAUGUUCUGGGACAGUUUUCAUUUGUAGGAAAUUGAAUGAA